CUAUAUCGAUGUAAAAAAAAAAAAAAAAAAGGAAACACAUGUAUCUAAUCUAAUCCAUCCAUUUUGAACAUUAAUCCAAUUUGCUUGAUGAGCUCUACAUUUCCUUCUUAUUUCCAUAUUUCAAAUUCUUUCAUGCAUCAUGUCUGUAUACGUACUGUCGAUUAAAAGGAAGGAUUGACUAUGAUACUGAUUGUCACAGUAUAAAAUAUGAUUUUCUUUAUUGUGUAUUUCAGAAUUCCGGCUUCCGGCAAUUCUACUGGGUUAUUUUUUUUUUUUUUUUACCCUCAUUCUCUCACUCUUAUCAUUAAAGAUAUAGCCUUGUCCACGUUUUAUGAACUUUGGUGGCAAUUCUUAUAUAUCAAUUCGUUUUGGUAUAAUUGAAUUAACGGUUUCCUUUACCCUCGACUUUAUAUACAUAUAUAUAUGUAUAU